UAGCAACGUCACCUGUCCCUUCAUUCUCGCGCUGCUGCCACUCUCUCCUGUGGUCUAUCUGUUCUGUGUUUGGUUAAUUCUCUCUACCCAGGUGCAAGGAGAGUCGGCAUCAAAGACCAGCAGACGGAGGACAUGAAGACGAAGACGAAGACGAAGACGAAGAAGGACAAGACGACGAAGAAGAAGUAGACACCUGUCCCUUCAUUCUUGCGCUGCUGCCACUCUCUGCUGUGGUCUCUCCGUUCUUUGUUUGGUUAAUUCUCUCCACUCAGGUGCAAGGAGAGUAGGCAUCAAAGACACGCAGACGAAGACGAAGAAGAAGAAGGAGACCAAGUCGAAGACCAAGACGAAGAAGGAGAACAACAACAAAAAAGAAAGAAAAAAAAAAAAGACUUCCGGUGCUGGAAGAGGGAGGUGGGGGUGCAUCUUUUUUUUUUUUGAACAGCACAGCGAGAGAUCGAAGAUGAAGAGGGACAAGUUGCCGGUGUCGACCAGCAGUGCAGCGGCUUUGCUGCGGCGAAGUGUGGCUAUUGUAUCGCUGGCUGCUAUCAUGGAGAGAGCAGAUGAGGCACUCAUUCCUGCUGUCUAUCGUGAGGUGGCAGUUGCGUUCAACGUCUCUCCUAGUCAAUUGGGUUUUCUCACGUUCGUUCGCGCUUUUGUCCAGGCGGCGUCUUCGCCUUUUGCAGGGGUUUUGGCUUCUCGGUACGAUCGAGGACUUGUCAUUGCUCUCGGGACGUUAUCAUGGGCCUUAUCCACGCUAGCAGUGGGUCUGGCCAGUUCUUAUGCUCAGUGUGUUUUUUGGCGUGCAGUGAAUGGAGUAGGAUUGUCCAUCGUCGUGCCCGCGAUUCAGUCUUUUAUCGCUGAUAGCCAUGUCGAGAGCGCACGUGGUGCGGCUUUUGGAUGGCUAGGAAUGAUCAGCUCAGGGGGUUCCGUUGUUGGGGGUAUGGCUGCGACCUAUCUUGCAGGGUUUGUCUUUUUUGGCUUGCCGGGAUGGAGGUGCGGUUUUAUGUUGAUGGCCGUCCUUAGCUCGAUCGUUGCGUGGUUGGUUCAUGUGUUCGUCGUAGACCCUCGCUCUGUGCAGUCGUCGUCGUCUUCCAUGGGGGGGGGGGAUCUCAUUAGGAAGCCCAAUGUGAGGGGUGGGGGGGGGGGGGGGGGGUCGAUUGGCAGCUGGCUUACGAGUGGCAAAGCGUGGGCUGGGGCCAGACAGGUUGUCCGGGUCCCGACCUUCCAGCUCAUCAUCGCCCAAGGCGUGAUCGGCUCGAUCCCGUGGAUGGCGAUGGUGUUCCUCACCUUCUGGUUGGAAUUGAUUGGAUUCUCCCAUGGUCAAACAGCGAUGCUUCAGGGAACUUUCGCCGUGGCGUGCGGGUUCGGAUCGUUCAUCGGCGGAUCCGUUGGUGAUCGUGCCGCCGCGAUGACUCCGCUAGGACGCAUCUAUUGCGCGCAGUUCUCCGCCGGGAUGGGCGUGCCUUUCUCCGUUUUGCUCUUUUGCCUCUUGCCCCGAUCUACUGAUUACUUCUUUGUCUUCCAGUUCGUGUUCAUUUUGAUGGGAUUGACUGUGAGCUGGAAUGCGGCGUGUGCCAACAACCCCAUAUUCUCUGAGGUCGUGCCGAUUCAUUUGAGAACGAUGAUCUAUGCCAUGGACCGAGCGUUCGAGGGGGCAGUGUCGGCCAUAGCCGCACCUAUGGUGGGGCUCAUUUCUGAGAAAGUGUUCGGCUUCAAGCAAGAAAGGACGGUCGGCGAUGACGAUGCCGCGAAUGCCACGGCUUUGUCGAAUGGUCUGGUCGUGGGAAUGGCAAUCCCGUGGCUGCUGUGCUCGAUGACGUACGUUGGACUCUAUUGGACGUACAGGAGAGACAAGGAAAGAGCGGCGGUUCAGUGGGCGGAAUACGCAGUUACACCAUCCACGGACAGGGGAGAGAGAGAGGAUCAUCAUGUGGAGGAAGAGGGAGGGCUUCUUCUUCAAGUAGAUGAUGGGCAGGUUCCAUUAUCGCCCGUCAUAGAGCUUGUCCCGUCGAGAAGACGAGACUAAUUAGAGGGGUCUUGGGAUAAUCGGUAGUGAUCGUACGCAGGUAGAAGUGGAGGCGGGAGAAUGAGACAGAAAUUUCUGUUUUUUUCUCCUUUCUUUCUUUUUUUAACAUCAAUCGAAGGGCCGCUAUCCACUUGAUGGUGAGAGAACCGUCAGGAUUGGGGCCGUGCCUAGUGAUGGAUCAGAUCAUAGCAAUUAAUGAUAGCCGAACUAUCAACUGCCCUGCAAAACAAAAAUAGAAAACGACGAGUACGUUUUCUUUUUGUUUUUCUUCCUUCGUUUUUUUCUUUAGGAUGGGCGGGCCUAUCUCCCUCUCUCCUCUCCCUCCCUAUCUCUCUCUCGUCUAGAGAGAGAGAGAGAGAGAGAGAGAGAGAGAGAGAGAGAGAGAGAGAGAGAGAGAGAGAGAGAGAGUACGUUUUCUUUUUGUUUUUCUUCCUUCGUUUUUUUCUUUAGGAAGGGCGGGCCUAUCUCCCUCUCUCCUCUCCCUCCCUCUCUCUCUCUCUCUCUAAGAAGAGAGAGAGAGAGAGAGAGAGAGAGAGAGAGAGAGAGAGAGAGAGAGAGAGAGAGAGAGAGAGAAUUCUGAGCGAUCCCCCCCCUAGGGUGAAGGCCUUAAGGUUUCAUAGAUGAACUGACCUGGCCCAGGUAAUUCAUCCUGGGCCUGAGCAUCGGGAAUCGAACUUAGGUCUGUUUAUCAACAGUCCGCGUGGGUGUACCAUUUGGCCACAUGGGCUUGGUACGUUUCCGACGCGGUGACUUUUCAGCAAUCUUUGAGUUCCCUUGCCUUCCACGUCUCAUCUUGUUGCUUUCCGUCAUUUCACGUCGGCAUUCGAAGUCACGGCUGGUCAUCAACAGUUCAUGCGUGUACUAUAUUCAGCCACAUAGGCUUGGUGAUUUUUGUU